UGUUUUUUGCAAUAUAUAUAUAUAUAUUCCAAAAAUAAUUAUGGCUAUUGAGAUUGAAAAAUCAAUUGUUGGGCUAUCAAAAAUUGCAAAUUCAAAUACACAUGGUGAAGACUCACCAUAUUUUUCAGGAUGGAAAGCAUAUGAUGAAGAUCCAUUUGAUGAAUUACAUAAUCCAUGUGGAGUAAUUCAAAUGGGAUUGGCUGAAAAUCAAGUAUCAUUUGAUUUGGUAGAAGAAUACUUGGGAAAAAAUGGAGAAGCAAUUAACUAUGGAUCAAGUGGAUUUUCUAGCUUCAAAGAAAAUGCAUUAUUUCAAGAUUAUCAUGGAUUAUUUAAUUUUAGAAAAGCAAUGGCAAAUUUUAUGGAAAAAAUAAGAGGUGGAAGGGCAAAAUUUAAUCCAGAUAGAGUUGUUAUUACAGCUGGUGCUACAGCUGCUAAUGAAUUAUUAACAUUUAUUUUAGCUGAUCCUGGUGAUGCUUUGCUUGUUCCAACACCUUACUAUCCGGGAUUUGAUAGAGAUUUAAGGUGGAGAACUGGUGUAAAAAUAAUUCCAAUCCAUUGUGAAAGUUCAAAUAAUUUUCAAGUCACACCACAGGCUUUAGAAUUAGCCUAUGAAGAAGCAAAUUCCAAGAAAAUCAAAGUUAGAGGUAUACUCAUAACAAAUCCUUCAAACCCUUUAGGUGCAACAAUUCAAAGAUCAAAUCUUGAGGAAAUACUCGAUUUCGCGGUCCGUAAAAACAUUCAUCUUGUCUCUGAUGAAAUCUACUCAGGAUCUGCAUUUUGUUCCUCGGAAUUUGUCAGCAUUGCUGAGGUUCUGGAUUCUAGAAAGUACGUAGACUCAGAGAGAGUCCAUAUCGUUUAUAGCCUAUCGAAAGACUUAGGUCUACCUGGAUUUCGUGUUGGUACAAUUUAUUCAUUCAACGACCUUGUUGUUACAACUGCGAGGAGGAUGUCGAGCUUUACGCUGAUUUCAUCUCAGACACAACAUUUGUUGGCGCACAUGUUGUCCGAUGACGAUUUUACUGGGAAUUAUAUUAAGACGAAUCGCGAUAGAUUGAAGAGGAGAUAUGAAAUGAUUGUUGAUGGAUUAAAGAGGAGUGGAAUUGAAUGUUUGAAAGGGAAUGCAGGGUUAUUUUGUUGGAUGAAUUUGAGUCAAUUGCUGGAAAAACCAACAAUGGAAUGUGAAUUAAAACUUUGGAAUAAAAUUUUAUGUGAAGUCAAAUUGAAUAUUUCACCAGGAUCUUCUUGUCAUUGUUCAGAACCAGGUUGGUUUAGAGUUUGUUUUGCUAAUAUGAGUGAACAAACACUAGAAAUUGCACUCAAAAGAUUACAUAAUUUCAUGCAAAAAAGGACAAAAGAUUCGUAUGCGGUGGAAUGAACAGGAUCCCUUUAUCGUUAAACAAGUCUUAUGCGGACCGAGUCUGAAUAAGUCGAACCCUAAUAUGAAUAACGAAGGAUAAACAAGUUUUAUGCGGACCGAGUCUGCAUAAGUCGAACCAUAACAAGCACCGGAUGAAAAAAAGGGUCCAAUUUUGAAUGAUGUUGGAUUAGUUAUCUAAAUGUUAAUUAAUUCCAAGGAUUUGGAUUUUUGUACUCAUAUAUUGUACAU